UUUAGUAGAGUCCACAUAUGGAGAGUCUGUUGAAGGACUUCGUUGUGGAGCACAAGAGACCAUCCAUCGAAGCCUCGAUGCGAUGGAGAUCAGCCGUCGCGUUAGUAAAGAACCACCGCAGACGUUUCCGCAUGGUGGCAGAUCUCCAGAAACGUUCCGAAGCCGAAAAAAAGAAAGAAGGAAUCAAUCAGGAUAAAGUUCGAGUUGCUCUCUUUGUUCAAAAGGCAGCACUGCACUUUAUUAAUGCUCGUGGUCUAGCUGAAAACAAUCUACCAGAAGACGGGAGAGAAGCUGGUUUCAGCAUUGAUAUCAGUGAGAUUGCGUCUAUUGUUCGGGGCCACGAUUAUGAAGCAUUAGAAAAAUACGGUGGGGUUAAAGAAAUUGCAACGAAACUCUCUACCUCUGUAGAUGAAGGUAUUAACGAAGAUACUGUAAAAACAAGGCAACAAGUUUAUGGGAUCAACCGUUAUACAGAAAGACCUCCCAGGACCUUCCUGAUGUUCGUGUGGGAAGCACUACAUGAUUUGACCCUAAUUAUUCUCAUGGUUUGUGCCGUAGUGUCUAUAGGUGUAGGUAUUGCCACUGAACGGUGGCCUGAGGGUAUGUAUGAUGGUUUAGGAAUCAUACUCAGUGUGCUCUUGGUAGUUACUGUGACUGCUGCAAGUGACUACCAACAAUCCUUACAGUUCAGGGCUUUAGACAAGGAGAAGAAAAAAAUCUCUGUCCAUGUCAUUAGGGAUGGGAAAAGGCAAAAGAUUUCAAUUUAUGACGUGGUAGUGGGAGAUAUUGUUUAUUUGUCAACUGGGGAUCAAGUUCCAGCUGAUGGCGUUUACAUAUCAGGAUACAACUUGUUGAUUGAUGAAUCAAGCUUGUCAGGUGAGAGUGAACCAGUAAAUUUGCUUGAAGAAAAACCAUUUCUUCUGUCAGGAACUAAAGUACAAGAUGGUCAAGGGAAAAUGUUAGUGACAACUGUUGGCAUGCGGACUGAAUGGGGAAAACUAAUGGAAACUUUAAACGAGGGGGGAGAGGAUGAGACCCCCUUGCAAGUCAAACUGAAUGGAGUUGCUACAAUAAUUGGCAAGAUUGGUUUGACUUUCGCUGUGCUGACAUUUUUGGUGCUGACGAUAAGGUUUGUGGUGGAAAAGGCAAUUCAUGGUGAUAUUACUCAUUGGUCGUCAAAUGAUGCAGUAAAGCUGCUAAACUAUUUUGCUAUUUCUGUUACGAUAAUAGUUGUUGCCGUUCCAGAGGGACUACCUUUGGCAGUGACACUUAGCCUUGCUUUUGCAAUGAAAGAACUGAUGAAUGAAAGAGCACUCAUGAGGCAUCUUUCUGCGUGCGAGACAAUGGGUUCAGCGAGUUGCAUAUGUACAGAUAAGACAGGGACGUUAACCGCUAACCAUAUGGCGGUUGAUAAAAUAUGGAUAUGCGAGAAAACCAUGGAAAUUAAAGGCAAUGAAAGUGGAGCCAAGCUAAGAACAGAGAUAUCUGAAGGAGCUCUGGACGUCCUUUUGCAGGCUAUGUUUCAAAAUACUUCUUCUGAAGUAGUCAAGGAUAGAGAUGGAAAGAACUCAAUACUUGGAACACCAACAGAAUCGGCAUUAUUGGAAUUUGGCUUGCUUUUGGGUGGUGAUUUGGAUUCCCAGCACAGAGAUUAUAAGAAACUUGACAUUGAGCCUUUUAAUUCAGUUCGAAAGAAGAUGUCUGUUCUCGUAGGUCUCCCUGAAGGGGGGAUACGAGCUUUCUGCAAAGGUGCAUCAGAAAUAAUAUUGAAAAUGUGUGACAAAUUUAUUGAUUGCAAUGGAGAAACCAUUGAUCUUCUUGAAGACCAAGCGAAGAAUAUUUCUGAUGUUAUAAACAAUUUUGCCUCGGGAGCUUUAAGAACUCUUUGUUUGGCUGUCAGAGAUAUAAAUGAAAACCAAGGGAAAAUAAGUAUACCUGAUGAUGGCUACACACUAAUAGCCGUUUUAGGAAUCAAGGAUCCUGUGCGCCCUGAGGUCAAGAACGCCGUUCAAACUUGUUUAGCAGCUGGAAUAACAGUUCGUAUGGUCACUGGUGAUAACAUACAUACAGCUGAGGCUAUAGCUGAAGAAUGUGGCAUCCUCACCGAGGAUGGUAUAGCAAUAGAAGGACCAGAAUUUCGCAACUUGUCACCUGAACAAAUAAAGCAUUUGAUACCAAGAAUCCAGGUCCUGGCGCGAUCUUUGCCGCUUGAUAAGCAUACCUUGGUAUCCCAUUUGAGGAAUACGUUUGGUGAAGUUGUUGCUGUUACUGGAGACGGAACCAAUGAUGCUCCGGCAUUGCAUGAAGCAGAUAUUGGAUUUGCCAUGGGCAUCGCUGGAACAGAGGUUGCCAAACAAAAUGCAGAUGUGAUCAUAAUGGAUGAUAACUUCAAGACAAUUGUGAAAGUGGCCAGGUGGGGGCGGGCAGUAUACAUAAACAUUCAAAAAUUUGUGCAGUUUCAGUUAACGGUAAAUGCUGUUGCUCUUGUGAUCAACUUUGUUUCUGCGUGCAUCACAGGAUCUACUCCACUAACGGCUAUACAAUUACUAUGGGUGAACUUGAUUAUGGACACUCUGGGGGCUCUAGCCCUAGCCACUGAGCCUCCUCAUGAUGAGCUAAUGAAAAGACCCCCAGUUGCAAAAGGGGCAAGCUUUAUCACCAAACCCAUGUGGAGGAAUAUCAUUGGACAAAGUAUAUAUCAGUUAAUUGUCCUUGCCAUUCUCAAUUUUGCGGGCAAGAGGCUUCUCAGAAUUACCGGUUCAGGUGCAACUAUUGUUCUCAACACUUUGAUCUUCAACUCCUUUGUAUUUUGCCAGGUGUUCAAUGAGAUAAACAGCCGAGACAUAAAUAAGAUAAACGUAUUCAGAGGCAUGUUUAAGAGCUGGAUAUUUUUAGGGAUAAUUUUCAUAACAGUGGCAUUUCAAGUAAUCAUAGUUGAGUUUCUGGGGACAUUUGCUAGCACAGCGCCUCUCAACUGGAAACUCUGGCUAUUCAGUAUCGUGAUUGGAGCAAUGAGCAUGCCAGUAUCUGCUAUUGUCAAGUGCAUUCCAGUUGAAAGAGAUGCGAUAUUCCAACACCAUGAUGGUUACGAGGAAUUGCCUUCGGACCCCGAUCAGCUAGCAUAACAUGGCGUUUGGUUUUGGUACACCUGGAACGUCCAGAUUUUUUCAGAUUUACAGGUUUUUAUUUUUAUAUUUUAAUUUGUAUUUAAUAAAAAAUAUAAAACUUUAAUAAAUAUAACCUAUUAUCAAUUUGGACAAUGCAAAUUUAACAUGGAUAGUCUAAUUUGAUAUUAAAAUUAUUUAUAAUUUUUAUAAAUUAAUUAUUCAGAUAUGUUUUGAACUGUCUAGAUUUAAUAUUAAAAUUUUUUAUAAUUUUUAUUUUAAUAAAUAUAAUAUUAAAAAUUUAAAAUAAAUAUAAUCUUUAAACAAGAACUUAAAAAAAAAAGAGUUGCAACAAACAAUUUUAAAUCUAAACUAUCAAGAGUACAUUUGAAUAAUUAAUUUAUAAAAAUUAAAAAAUAUUUAAUAUUAAAUUAGACCAUUCAUAUAAAAUUUGUAUUAUCCAACUUGAUAAGAAAAUAAAUUUAUUAAAAUUUUAUAAUUUUUAUUUUAAUAAAUAUAUAAUAAAAUAUAAAAUAAAACCUAUAAAUCUAAACUGUCCAGAUUAAUGUGAAAUGGACGAGAUGCUCAUCAAAUGAUAGUCAGUGAAACUAGAUGCCAUAACAUGUGAUCUUGCAUGCAUGGCUUUUUUCUUUUCAUCCUUUUUGGGUUAGUGGAGGAGAAUAAAAUAAAAAGGUUUAUUUGGCGAAUAUUUUAAACAAGAAUGCUUCCUUAUUAAUGCACCUUGAUCGAUAUGAAAUUUACUAUUUUUAUUAAAUGGCAGUGUUUUAAAUUAAAGUAAUGAAAUGUGAUGAUACUCAUCUAAUUGUUAGUCUAUAAAUCUGCAGUGAGUUAAUCCGCAGAUUGAUGAAUUAACCUACUUAUUUUUUCAAAAAAAAAAAAGAUGAAAAUUGCAAAAUCAUUUUCAAUUUUUAAACCCGCCAAAAUUUUAAAACUACACUAUUUAAAGCAGUUAUGAAUAAUUAAUUUAUAAAAAUUUUAAAGACUUUUAAUAUUGAAUUGGGCCAUAAGAUUAAAUCUAUAUUAUUAAGAUUGAUAAUAAAAUAAAUUUAUUAAUUUGUUAUAUUUUUUUUUAAUGAUUAUAAAAAAAUAAAAUUUGUUAAGUUGGAACGUCCAAAACCGAAAUUGGACUUGAGGUAUUAUGACAUAUUCUUGACAACUAAACUAAUUAGCCUUUACUUAAAGGUAGGAAGCCUUAAUUUAGAUAACAAAAAAAUGAAAAAUAAAUUUUCAUUAUCAAAAUCAAUAUCAAAAUAUAAUAUAAAUGAAGAUAAUAUACCAAAAUGCACUUUUUAUUCCGUGCCAUAUAUAAGAGAAAGCAAUUUAAUUAUAUCAAUGAAAAUAAAAGGAAAGACAUCAAAAUCUUUGUACCGUAAUAGCUGUAUCUUCUUAUUUACUUUUUAAACUUCUACGUGUUAAUUAUAUUGCAGCUUCUAGUAAAGCUUCUAACAUUAUGAUUCAUUAGA